AUGCUGUGGCUGGCUCAGGGUGAUGGGAGGGGUCGCAGUGGCCCUGAAAGUGCUCACGUUGAUGUUCUCGCGCGGGAGUCUGACACCAGCACCGACGGCAAGACCAUUGAGGGCAAGGACACGCUGGACGUGGAGCAACAGCUUGGCCUCGCGCCCGCCCAAACCCUCCCCAAGAACAUCGAAUGGACUUCUGAGUCGGAGGCCAACCAAGGAUUGGACCCGCAGAAGUUCCCAGACCCCAUCGGCAAGACGUUUGGGAUGGACGGCACGGACUACUUCGACAUCAGCUCAGACAAGGACGACAUCGGCGAGAAGGCACUUCACGACAUCUCUUGA